UGUGUAUGUGCCCUCGCGACUCUCUCUACCCUAUCGAAUCGAUAACUCUCGUACGCCAACAACUCUCUCUCUCUCUCUCUCUCUCUCUAACCCAACAAAAAUCUUUCCGAUCUCUCUUCUCCAGAUCUCUCGUCGAUAUGUCUCAGGUGUCAGCAGCCAAGCGAGCUCGAACUGAUGGCGGUCGCAGGGAAGAUGACUGGACCUGCCCUAGCUGUGGCAAUGUCAAUUUUUCAUUUAGGACGACUUGCAAUAUGCGCAACUGUACUCAGUCUAGGCCAGCAGAUCAUAAUUCUAAAUCUGCUGCAAAGCCCAUGCAACCCAUGCAUGGCUACUCAUCAUCAGCUCCCUAUGUAGGCUCUGGUGCACCCUCGUCAAUGUACAUGGGUGUGCCACCUUAUGGCUCUUCUCUUUUCAAUGGAUCAUCCAUGCCUCCUUAUGAUGUUCCAUUUUCUGGGGGUUCUGCAUAUCAUUACAACUAUGGUAGCCGCCUUUCAGGAGGCAGCCCAUAUAGACCUCUGCAUCUAUCUGGUCCAACACCAUAUUCUAGUGGAUCGAUGAUGGGAAAUGGUGGGAUGUAUGGUAUGCCACCCAUGAUGGACCGCUAUGCCCUGGCUAUGCCCAUGGGCCAUGCUGGCAUGGGACCAAGGCCAGGAUUUUUUCCUGAAGAUAAAUCUCAAAAGAAAGAUGGAACGCGUGAUAAUGACUGGACGUGUCCUAAAUGUGGCAAUGUCAACUUCUCUUUUAGAACAGUUUGUAAUAUGAGGAAGUGCAAUACUCCAAAGCCUGCGUCUCAGGUCGCGAAGUCUGAGAAGAAUUCUAAACCGAAGAUGCCUGAAGGGAGCUGGAAGUGUGAGAAAUGCAAUAACAUAAACUACCCUUUUAGGACCAAGUGUAACAGACAAAACUGCGGGGCUGAUAAGCCAUCUGACGCAAAGGAGUCCCCUUCAGAACCAGCUGAUGAAAAUGAUCAGUGAGUUCUAGGACAUGUUUGAGGGUUGGGAAGGUCCAGAGUUGUCGUCCAGUCCAGCAAUUGCUCAGUAUGGGUGUCUGAAAGUCAGUCAUGUCGUCGUCUUCAUGUUGCAGCGGUUUGUCGAGUUACUUACUCUUGCCUUAUCAUGAUCUGUGUGUCAAGUUGUAUAAACUGGGAUGGAAUUUGUGUGGUCUUUUAUGGAUCCCCUAUUCAGCUGCAUUAUUGUGUCUGCUAGCUUUGUCUGGCAAGAUUUUUAUGGUAGGUUAUGGUUACAUUUAGAUAGGAUUUUGUUCUAUGUUAAAAUAUGCAUUUGACCUAUGCUUUAAGUUGUGGAAGGUCCUACUGCAGCCCUCUGUUUAUUUUGAGUAGUAGUCUCUGCUCUAGCAUCUCUAGCAGCAGAUGCUUCUCUCCAGGAUGAUAAUUAGGUUUAUGUGUCCCACAAUUGCGUGGGGCGGCAGUCACAACUUAAGAUAAA